AUGAGCAAACACUACCAGAAUGGUUCUGUGACUGUUCAAGCCAGUGCCAUGGGCACUGACAACGUUGCUGGCUUUGGGGCUCGCAGAUUCAUGCAAGACAUCUAUCAGCAGUCCUACCGUGCACACGAUGACCAACAGUACCAGCAUCGCGACCAGCCAACACACCACCACUCAUACCGUCAAGACUACAACGCACAUGACCCUGACGUUAGUAGGCAGUCGGCAUCGAGAAGCACCAAAUACGGCUACCAUCAGAGUCCAUCGAAAGUGAUAGCAGCUCUACCUGCGAACAUCCCAUCCCACGAUCGAGGAAACGCAGGUGGAUCCUCCUUUCGCGAUCAUCGCCUGCAGCAACACCAUUCUCACCGACACGGACAGAAUCAGUCACAUGCUCAUGCUUCGGCUGUAACACGCACAGAUGCAGACUCGAGGACCGUCUGGCGAUCCGACAGUCUCGAAUCAUCAACGACCGAGUCAACAGCGGGUCUGGCAUAUGAUCGCAGCGGCGACAGCCAAUAUUCACGAAACGAGUAUUCGGCCUCUUCCGCAGUCUCUCCUUCCACCCGCAGAGCAGCGGUGCCACAAAUCACGCCGGUAGACCGAGCGACUAUCUACGACGACGACUACGAAGAACCUGCCGAUAGCUCGACGCUUGACGCCGCGCCUCGGCCUUUGUCUCCAGCCUCGGCGACGAUGGGUGACGUUUCGAGCGAUGUCUCGUUUACUAUUGUGCGCGCCACUGUGCUGGAGCCCGACCUUCCUAAGGCUAAAUGUGCCGACUGCGGAGUGAAGCUGGAUUUCGAAGAGCUCGCCAACCAUUCGUGCCAGCCCUUGAGCGCUUCUCGACCGCCCCUGCUGACGAUCCAGGUUCCUUCCUCUUCAAGCAGCUCCACGCUCUCCUCGAGCGCAACGUCACCAGCUCUCACCACACCACGCUCGCCCUUUUUCGACAGAUACGACACGCUGAUCAGCGACUCUGGGCCUUUGAGCCCUGCUGUUCUCGGCACGGUGACGCGGGUGGACAAGGGUCGAGUGGACGAUGGCGAAGACGAAACUCCCAAGGCGCAUGCCGUCAGAAUUGUGGGCACCCAAGCGGCGAUCAAAGUAUCUCACGUCAAGGCAUCCAACCCGACAACAGCAACAGCAUACAGCAUCGAGACUCUUUCAGGAUCUUCACCUCCACCCCAGCCUGGCCCUAUGCUGCGCUCGGUGAGCGACACACAAGCGGAUGCAGCAGCGCGUCGUAAGAUGAUCGAGGAGCAAAGGGCAGCCAAGAAGAAGAAGGACAUGAUGGCUUCGCCUAUGCCUCGGGCAGCAACAACCACAAGCCUGUCCAAGCACAGCGUCCCGAAAGACGACCUUGCUAGGUCUGCUUCUGCUAGGGCGGCUGCAGAUGUGCCGGCCACCAUGCCACGCGUUCAUGCGCUGGCGGCCCUAGAAAGCCAGCAUGCCAAGACAGGUUCGUCUUCGUCGGUCUCGUCGAGCAGCACAGAUGCUUCCGAGCGCACGGGCUUAUCAGGUCAACAUCCGGUCUCCCGAGCAGGGCUGAGUACCAGCAUCACGCCGAGCUCGAGCUACGAACGGAUCGAGGAUGGUGUCGACAAAUCGCCUGCCAAGACUGUAGCCGGUUCGGUGUCCCCGAAGCAGGCUCGUGAUCGUGGCAAGGUCGAUCUCAGCAGCAUCGAGGAGAUGAUGAAGGGUCUGACCUCGAGCCCGGAGCCGAUGCAGCAAACGUUGACGGAUGCGUCGCGCGAGCUUGGGCAAGAACGCGAGGCGGUUCCAGGCGCACCUCAACGUUCAAAGUCGGCGACAAACGCAACCAAGACGGAUCGAGAACGGGCAUUGGAGCUUGAGCUUGAGCGUCUGCGCGACAAGGAACGCACCCGGCAGUUGCAGGCGAUGCGAUUGAGGGAGAGGAAGAAGAAGGAGCGGGCGGCGAAACGAUGCUGCAUCUGCGACUGCUCGCUCUCUUCGAGCCGGACGCCAUUUGUGGAGCGUGAUGGCAAGCUGCUGUGUGCGCGGGAUUGGAAGGAGCUGUAUCUGCCCAAGUGUCGCAAGUGCAACCUGAUCGUGGAGAAAGGCGCGGUCAAGUCAUCGGACGGUGCGCUUCGAGGUGUCUUUCAUCGAAGCUGCUUCUCGUGCGCUGCGUGCGAAGCACCGUUUACCGAUGGGAGCUUCUACGUCUUCAACAACCAACCGUACUGCUCACGUCACUAUCACCGCUUGAACGGCAGCCUCUGCCGCGAGUGCGAGUGCGGUAUCGAGGGCGACUGCCGACAGACCGACACGGGCGAUCGCUUCCACCCGCACUGCUUCAGCUGCCAAUACAGCUCGAAAAAUGGCAGUAAAUGCGCCGAAGAGCUGGCAGAUUAUUAUGUGGUCGGUGGCCAGCGUCUAUGUGAACGACACGCUGAGAAGAUGGCUCGACGACUGGCCAAAGCAGGCCAGAAGCAGCUGGACUUGCGUUCUCAGAAACGCAUGACCAUGCUACGCAGUCUUCGAUGA